CUGCCGCGAUCACACGUAAUCAUUACUACAACUCGCUGCCACUCGCAUGCGACGCGCGCGUUUCGAACGUAGUGCACGACCGGUUCGCCGCAGCCGAUGAGCGCAACCAGUGACAUCUCAAUACUUGUGCUGUGGGACUUGCAGUGAAUCGCUCAGUACAGACAUGUGCGUGUAAUGGAUUGCUGCGGGGUUUCGUUUGCUGUGUGCUGACGACCGCCGGGCCUAGGCCGAAGCGGUCGCUGUGUAUGCCCAGGCGCCGCUAGCCGCGCCAGCAUGCGCGCCCCCGCGGUGCUCGUCGCCCUGCUAGGGUUUCUGCCCCAGGUGCUGACGUCCGGAUCGUUUGAACUUAGAAUAAAAAGCUUUACGAACACACUGGGUAGGUUAAAUAGUGGACAGUGCUGUGAUGGUUCCUCGAAUAGUGAAGCGGCGUGUUUGUCGCCGUGCAGGACUAAAUUCCGAGUUUGUCUCAAGAUUUACCAAGCGAAUAUCGAUACGACGUCGCCGUGUACAUUUGGCGACAUCACGACGCCCGUGCUGGGAGGCAACUCCCUGGACGUCCCCAACCUCAACGUGGAAGGAUUCAGCAACCCCAUCGUGUUCCCCUUCGACUUCACUUGGCCGGGCACUUUCUCUCUCAUCGUGGAAGCUUGGCACGAUACGAACGAGACGUCAAGAUCAGAUGACACCCUAAUCGCGCGCAUGACGAAGCAGAGUAUAGCAGACGUCGGUGGACCGUGGGUGGAGGAGGAGCAGCGCUGGGGCGGCGCGGGCGCAGGCGGCGCAGGCGCGGGUGGUGCGCACCUCAAGCUGGCGUACCGCGUGACUUGCGCCGCGCAUUACUACGGCGCGGGCUGCGAGGUGCUGUGCCGGCCGAGAGACGACGCCUUCGGUCACUACACCUGCUCCCCCGCCGGGGAAAUCGUCUGCAAGCAGGGCUGGACCGGGGACUACUGCUCCAAACCGCGGUGUCUGCCCGGCUGCGACGCGGAGCACGGACACUGCCUCAAGCCCGACGAGUGCAUAUGUCAUUCGGGUUGGGUGGGCGAGCUGUGCGACCAAUGCGAACGACACCCGGGCUGCGUGCACGGCACAUGCUCCAAGCCGUGGGACUGCAUCUGCGAGGAGGGCUGGGGCGGACUCUUCUGCAACCAGGACCUCAACUACUGCACCAACCACCGUCCGUGUCGGAACGGCGGCACCUGCCACAACACUGGACAAGGAAGCUACACAUGCGUCUGCCCGCCGGAGUACACAGGCCCUGACUGCGAGAAAUCCCUUCACUCGUGCGCAGUACGCCCCUGCCUGAAUGGUGGAGCUUGUUUGCCUGAUGAAGGCGGUGAGCUGUCCUGUACCUGCCCGUCAGGCUACGAAGGAGCGCGCUGUGAAACCCGACGGCUGACUUGCGCUGAUCAACCUUGUCACAACGGUGGCACCUGUGAACCUCGGCUCUCUGGCUACAUGUGUAUGUGUCCAGCUGGCUUCGCGGGCGUAGACUGUGCCUUAGAAGCUGACCCUUGCGCCGCCAACCCUUGCCGGAAUGGAGCUACGUGUACCCGAGCUGGAGAUGGGUUCAAAUGUGCAUGUAGAGCGGGUUUUCGAGGAAAUCGUUGUGAAAUCGAUAUCGACGACUGUGCAGGAAUUAUAUGUGAACACGGCGGCACUUGCGUCGACUUGAUAAACGGUCAAAGGUGCCAAUGUGCGCCAGGAUUUCUGGGACCUCGUUGUGAAACUCGAGUUGACCUGUGCCUUGCCAAACCUUGCGCGAACGGUGGAGAAUGCCUUGUCUUAGAUAACGACUAUGAAUGCCGUUGUCGACCAGGUUUCGCCGGCAAAGACUGCAGCAUCGACGUCGAUGAGUGUGCCUCUUCUCCAUGUCGUAACGGCGGCAGCUGCCGGGACAGAGUGGACGGUUAUCAUUGCAGCUGCGCGCCCGGGUGGGGAGGCAAGUCGUGCACGAUCUCGCUGGCAGAUAUAGCAGCGGCGACGAGACCCGCGGGCGGACACUUACGAAGGGUCGGCGAUGAAACUCCGGACGAAGAAAAUUUAUCAGGGAGGCAUGUGGCCCUGAUAGCUGCGUUGUCAGCAGCAGUGCCGGCCGCGGCCCUGGCUGCAGCGGUGGCCGUGGCGUGUAUCAGACGGAGAAGAAAACGAGCCCAAAAUGCAGCAGAUGCUGAGGCGCGCGCACAGAAUGCAGCUAACGCUGGAAACGGGGGUCGCGUCAUAAGAAACACUUGGGGGAAAUGCGAAGGCCCUGUACCAGAGUGCCAGAAUGCACACAAUGCAGCGGCCGAAGAAUGUAAAAGAAAAACUUUGAACACCGAAAGCGCGGCGCGGCUGCUGGCGGCUCUCGAUCCCAGACUAUCACGACUCUCUGCGGACUCGGCGUAUUGCGCUAAUAGCGACACGUCGCUAGUGAAGCGAGCGCUCGAGGGCGGAGGAGUGUACGUGUUAGACGAUCAUUGCUUGCCGCCGACGUUCGCCACGCAAGUGUAGUGUUUACAAAUGCGGCAAUGGACUAAAAAUAACUUAUUUAUUCACAACGGACGCUAGUGCGAACCUGGCUGUGCGCCGCAUGUAAAUAUAUCGUUAAAUGUAAAGUGACCCCCUGUAUAGACGGCUAGUUGUAAGAGUUCGGAUGUAUUUAUUUAAAAGUUGCGAUUCGUACGCCCCUGUAAAUAGUAUCCGGCGGAACGGAUUGCGUAUUUCCGCCCCUGAUUGGCAAGCGUCACCCGGAGUGACACUGCCGACGUGCUAUCCUCUUGUAAGGCCCAUCUUCAUUCGGCGUUGCAUUGUUGUGUGGGUGAAGGUAGGCCGGUGUAGUGUAAGGUAGAGGGUGAAGACCGCGCUUGCUGAGGGGCGGGGUGGACCGCGGUCCACUGUCUGCGAUCUCUGUAGGUAAGGUGCGAAAGCGGCGCUCGCGUCGCGUCGGUCCGCCGCGCGGCGCCGCAUGCCUCAUACCGACGAUACUGCCCGUCUUAUGAAACCCUUGCAUGCAAAUAAAUUCUCAAAAAUUGAUCAAAAUCAACCAAAACAAAAUUUUUUUUCGUGAUCUCUCCUUACAUAAUAUAAAUCUACUCAGUUGCAGUAUCGUUUGUAUGAACCUUUCACACCACUAACGCUGUCCCUCUUUAGACUCGCACCAGUAAAAAAGCCAAACCGUGCGUAACGUAAGAUUUAGACUAAUUUAUAGAAAUAACGCAAAUGAGGCGUUUAUCACUUUUACAUCGAUUGUAUUUUUGUGAUUGACUAAUUUUAUUAUUGUUCCUAUCGUAAAUUGAAUAAUAGUUAGCAUCCAAUCAAAAAUCUUGUUCAGGUUUUUUUGAAAAUCGACAUAGAUUUUACCUUGUUCUUUGCUUCCGUACUUUCAUUGUACAGUUAGCACAACAAUUAACGUUCCUGCUCCUCGUUGUCGAGCGCCAUUCGUACCGCCUGUAUGCGCGCGCGCAUGCAUGCCGUACCAGUCGUGUUCGCACCACGAGAAAACACCACGCACGAAAUUAGUUGAUAGGUUUAAAAUAACUUGAGUACUUAUAAGAAACAAAAUGUCGAAACCUAAGUCAUUGUGUAUAAAAAACUAUUAAGUUUUAGCUAUAAGUAUAUUCUCCAUUACUUUUGUAAGAGUAUUGUGACGAUAUAAAUAAAGUGACAUCAGGCAACAUAGGACUCGUUCAGUGCCGCUCUGGCUUGCAAGUUAGUUUUGCUGCAGUUUUAUGCAUAAUUAAAUAUUUAUUUCUUUUUUCUUUUUUUUUAAGCGUGUUAGCUUUGCAAUCUAUUUCAGUAACACUUUCGUAAUAUAUUUUAUUACACUAAAUUAUUUUCAGUAACCUAAAAAUAACAAUGUCAUAAGUAAUUAAUGGCUCGUGUAAAUUAUGUCCGUUAACUUAUUUAUUUUGAGACUUCUAUAAUGAUUAUUGUUUAUUUGGUGUUUGGUAGUAUACAUUUUCUGCGAAGCUCAGAAUUUGUGUAGUACUGAAUUGAAAUGUUAUCAUUUACAUAGUAAAUAUUAAUCCAAUUGCAGGUUUAUGAACAUUGUAGAUAUUUAUGAGAAUUAGUUAUAGGAGAUUCUCUUAUGUUGCCUUUUGUACUCAAACAUAGAUUAAAAAGGCUAAAUCAACAAAAUUGUAAAAUUUAUAUCAAACUAUGAAUAGACUGAUGAUCAAUAAUAAUGUUCUUGUAUUUAAUUUUGUAAGAUGACAAAAUGUAAGUUUAAAUUAUGUGAAAAUGGAUAUAAAACUCAAACAUGCGUGUUAACAGGAUCAUUGAUUUGUACUUAAAUUGAUCACAGUAAUGCAUGGAAACUUUCAUUUUUCUUUUUAUGGAAUUUUAGUAAUUUUAUUGCUAAGUUAUGAUUUUCAUUGAAAAGAAAUUUAUUUUUUAUGUUUACAAUUGACUGAAGCAAAAUUGACUUCUUAAAUCUGAUUUCUAUUCAGGUAAAUUUUUCCUGAAAAUCAUAUUUAUUUAUAUGUUGAUUUGUGAGUAUACUGAAAGAUAAAAUUUCAAAUCAUUCCAGUUCAUUUCGAAGGGCAACAUUUUUAUCUUUUCAAAUCUGUCUCUAUUUUCUCAUACGUUUUCUUGCAUGUGCAUCCAGUACCUUAUUUAAUAUUUUUCGUUUCGUCCUUAAAAGACAAAGUACAAUCACAUUCUUGUAGUACUUUCUUAGUAUUUAGCCGCCUUUUAGUAUAUUCACAUUUUUCUUUAUUAUUAAAAGAAAAAUGAAAGCAAUUGUCAUAUAAGUGAGGUGUAAAAAUAAUUCCAUAGAUAGAUCCUAUCUGAAUAAAGUCAUAUUGUAUUUGCUGUUGCGGUAUGUGGCCAGCGAGUGUUUGUGACGAAUGUGUAUAAUUAUGUGCAGUGACGCAACGAGGAAUAAAAUGUUAAUAAACAAUUGUUUACAAAAGAUUAAAGAA